GGUGUGUGUGUAUGGGGGUGUGUGUGUGGUGUGUGUAUGGGGGUGUGUAUAUGUGUGGUGUGUGUGUGUGUUCGUUCCUGUAUGGGGUAUGUGUGUGUGUGUGUGGUGCGUGUGUGUGUUCGUUCUGGUAUGGGGUGUGUGUGUGGUGUGUGUGUUCAUUCCUGUAUGGGGUGUGUGGGGUAUGUGUGUGUGUGUGUGUGUUCGUUCCGGUAUGGAGUGUGUGUGGUAUGUGUAUGGGGGGUGUGUGUGUUCGUUCCUGUAUGGGGUGUGUGUGGGGUUGUGUGUGUGUGUGGUUGUGUGUGUGUGGUGUGUGUAUGGGGGGUGUGUAUAUGUGUGGUGUGUGUGUGUGUUCGUUCCGGUAUGGGGCGUGCCCCCAGGGCUUAGCGCCUCCCUGCCCUGCGCGACACGCCCCUCAGCCCCGCCCCUCCCUGCAGGACACGCCCCUCACCCUCACGCACCCUUGCAGGACAGGCCCCUCCCCGUGGAGCACGACUCUCUCUUCAGUCCCGCCUCUCCCCGCGGGACACGCCCCUCUCCUCGGCCCCGCCCCUCUCGCUCGGGGUGCCCCCUCCUUCGGGGCGCCCGGGGCCGGAAGGUGGGCGGGGGAGCGCUCCCGGCCAGGGACGAGGAGCAGCCCUGGGAACCGCGUGGUGGUGAGCCAGGGCCGGGCUGGCGCUGGGCCUCCGCGUCCUGCUUCAGCUUGUGCCCUUGGAGGCAGACUCGCGCGGCUGCAGCCUCGGCACUGACUGGUGACGGGGGAGAAGACCAGCCCUGCUCCGCUCCCGGCGAUGCGGUUUGGACCUCGUGCGCCGGAGGAAGUGCGGUCGCGGUGAGGGGCGGACUUCCCGCAGCCCCGCAGCCUUGGCCUCGAGACUCAGGUCGUAUCUGGCUCUGAGGGAUGCUGGCUCUCGGUGCUCAUCCCAACGCGAGCACACGAGCCCGCUCCCGAGGUCUGCAAUUGAAAGGACUGUCGUCUAGGGUGCAAGGAGCCCAGGAGCGAAUAAAAAGUCAGGGUUUGGGGGAGCAGCGUCUCCCGAAGCGGCAGUCUGCAGCCGUUCCGGGUGGCCCGUAACCGCCCUGUGGGGCCGGGAUCCUGGCGUGCUUUGGGAAACCCUGGAGGUGGCGUUACGAUAAGGAUUUGGGUUCAGAUUCCAGCAGUGCCAUACGGUGAAGGGGUGACCGUGGCGAGGUGUCUCAGCGCUCAAUCUAUAACAAGCUCAUAGGACUAUGAGACAGGUCGAGCCCCGCCCCCCCACGGUAGAAGUUUCUUCCUUGUACGUGGAACAGGCCAGAGGUGGCAGAGCUCUCAUUCUCAACUGGAGGUUUCCACCCCUGGGUCCAGGGUGGCUGUUCCAGUUUUCACGAGCGCCCAGCUUAUUGGGCUUGAACCUCCAACUUUUGGGGGGACAGGCUGAGAAGUAAGUUGUAUCACUUUUGCACACACCCCACUGGCCACCCUUUACAGUUGGAAACGUGCAGGCCAGCCAUGUACCCUAAAACUGCUAUUUGUGGGACAAGGAGAGGAUGAAUAUCAGAGAAAAGGAAAGCAUGCCACAAGCAGGAUAACCUGUGAAACAUCUACUAGAAGCUGUAGCCUCAUGGUUGAGACUCUGCCUGUUUUAAAUCCCAUCUCUGCCUCCCAACAGUUGUGUGGCCUUGAAGGCACUCCGCUGCUUUGGUUGCUCACUUGCAGAAAGUGGAUAAAAACAACGUCCACCUCCCAGGACUGACCUGAUGGUCACAGAGUCAACAAAUAACACGUGAUGUGCCGAGAAGAGCAUCUAACAUCAGUGGUUGGCGAUAAUACCAGCGUAUGGUGGGUUGGGCUGAUGGUGCAAAAUGGGAGCAUCACCUACUUCUGACUCAUUUAUGCAGGCGGUUCCGGCGAAGGGAGAGACCAAGCAGGACUGCAGCCUGGGAGCCGAGCUGCCGAGCAAAGGGUCACCUAUGGCUGCCGAUGAAGGCUCCGCAGAGCAGCAGGGAGGGGAGGCCCACACGACUGCAGACGGGGAGACCAACGGGUCCUGCGACAAGAGCGAUGCCAACGGCCACUUGGCCGUGGUGAAGCACACUCAGGAAAGCGUGAGAGUCAGCCCGCAGCAGGAGGGAGCCAGUCCGGUGGCCCGCAUAGCGGAAAAUGGGAUUUCGGACAGAGACACUGAGGUGGGAAAGCCGAACCACAUCCGAGCCGACGGCUUCACUCAGACGCCCGUCGUCGGGAGCAAUGGCUACUUCCUCGGCAAGGCCCCCCUGUCCGAGCCGCCGCUGCGGGUGGCCGGCGCCCUGGCCUCCUCCCUGCCCGGUCAUGCUGCAAAGACUCUCCCUGGCGGGGCUGGCAAAGGGAGGACUCCUGGCGCUUUUCCCCAGCCACCGGCCGCCAUGCCAGCCAAGCCCGGGGAAGGCAGCAAGGACACGGAGGACAAGAAGGCCCCGGCCCCGGGCGCUGACGUCAAGGUCCACAGGGCUCGGAAGACCAUGCCGAAGUCCAUCCCGGGCCUGCACGCGGCCGGUAAGGACCCCAGGGAUGGCCGGGACGCCCGCGACCACGAGGAGCCGGCAGAGGAGAUGAGCAGAAGCGCCUCGGAUUUUGGACGACAGCAGCUUUUACCCCCCUUCCCGCCCCUUCACCCGUCGCUACCUCAAAACCAAUGCUACGUGGCCACCACAAAGGCACAGACAGCUUGCUUGCCUUUUGUUUUAGCAGCUGCAGUAUCUCGGAAGAAAAAACGAAGAAUGGGAACCUAUAGCCUGGUUCCUAAGAAAAAGACCAAAGUGUUAAAACAGAGGACGGUGAUUGAGAUGUUUAAGAGCAUAACUCAUUCCACAGUGGGCUCCAAGGGCGAGAAGGACCUGGGCGACGGCCCCCUCCACGUGAACGGGGAGAGCCUGGACGUGGACUCAGAGGAGGACGACUCGGAGGAGUUGGACGAGGAGGAGGACCAGGGAGCCCAGCCGGCCGCCAUGUUCCCUGCCGAGGACGGCAGGGCCUCCAAGGACAGCACACUGGAGCCUGACCGCGCCCAGAAGAUGGAGGGCGAGUCUGAAGAGGAGCAGGAGUCGGCCGGCACCGGGGAGGAGGAGGAGGACGGAGACGAGUCCGAUCUGAGUUCUGAAUCCAGCAUCAAGAAGAAGUUUCUCAAGAGGAAAGGGAAGCCUGACAGCCCCUGGAUCAAGCCAGCGAGGAAGAGGAGGCGGAGAAGUAAAAAGAAGCCCUGCUCCGUGCUAGGUUCCGAAGCAUACGCGUCGUCUUCAGGAAGCGCAGAGCCCACGGCACCCGGUGACAGCACGGGGUACAUGGAGGUCUCCCUGGACUCCCUGGAUCUCCGCGUCAAGGGCACGCUGGCCUCCGAUGCAGAAGGUGGAACCAAAUGUUUGUUUUGUGGCUGCAGUUCUAAAGCCAAAGCGACAAAGACGAGAACUUUCGGGGGUCGGGGGGGCGGACUGGCCAACGGUCCCGAGGCGGGGGAGACGGACGGCCUCCAGGAGGUGCCCCUCUGCAGCUGCCGGAUGGAGACCCCAAAAAGCCGAGAGAUCACCACUCUGGCCAACAACCAGUGCAUGGCCACGGAGAGCGUGGACCACCAGCUGGGCAGGUGCACGAACAGCGUGGUCAAGCACGAGCUGAUGCGCCCCUCCAGCAAGGCGCCGCUCCUGGUGCUGUGUGAAGACCACCGGGGCCGGAUGGUGAAGCACCAGUGCUGUCCUGGCUGUGGCUACUUCUGCACGGCCGGUAAUUUCAUGGAAUGUCAGCCUGAGAGCAGCAUCUCUCACCGUUUUCACAAAGCCUGUGCCUCUCGAGUCAAUAAUGCCAGCUACUGUCCCCACUGUGGGGAGGAGACCUCCAAGGCCAAAGAGGUGACCAUCGCAAAAGCAGACACGACGUCCACCGUGACGCUGGUGCCCGGGCAGGAGAAGAGCCCCAUGGUGGAGGGCAGGGCCGACACCACCACGGGCAGCGCUGCUGGACCCCCGCUUUCAGAGGACGACAAGCCGCAGAGCACAGCCCCCCAGGUGCCCGAGGGCUUUGACCCCACGGGGCCAGCCGGGCUGGGGAAGCCGGCGCCCGGCCUCUCUCAGGGGCCUGGGAAGGAGACGCUGGAGAGCGCGCUCAUCGCCCUGGACUCGGAGAAACCCAAGAAGCUCCGCUUCCACCCGAAGCAGCUGUACUUCUCGGCCCGGCAAGGGGAGCUGCAGAAGGUGCUGCUCAUGCUGGUUGACGGGAUCGACCCCAACUUCAAGAUGGAGCACCAGAACAGGCGCUCGCCCCUGCACGCCGCGGCAGAGGCCGGCCACGUGGACGUCUGCCACAUGCUGAUUCAGGCGGGCGCGAACAUCGACACCUGCUCGGAGGACCAGAGGACCCCGCUGAUGGAGGCAGCAGAAAACAACCACUUAGACGCGGUGAAGUACCUCAUCAAGGCUGGGGCUCUCGUGGAUCCGAAGGAUGCAGAGGGCUCCACCUGUUUGCACCUGGCUGCCAAGAAAGGCCACUACGACGUGGUUCAGUACCUGCUCGCGAAUGGACAGAUGGACGUCAACUGUCAGGAUGAUGGCGGCUGGACGCCCAUGAUUUGGGCCACUGAGUAUAAACACGUGGACCUGGUGAAGCUACUGCUGUCCAAGGGGUCCGACAUCAACAUCCGGGACAACGAGGAGAAUAUCUGCCUGCACUGGGCGGCCUUCUCGGGCUGCGUGGACAUUGCUGAGAUCCUGCUGGCUGCCAGGUGCGACCUCCACGCCGUGAACAUUCACGGAGACUCACCCCUGCACAUCGCUGCCAGGGAGGACCGCUAUGCCUGCGUUGUCCUCUUCCUGUCCCGGGACUCCGACGUCACCCUCAAGAACAAGGAGGGCGAGACACCCCUGCAGUGCGCCAGCCUCAACUCGCAGGUGUGGAGCGCCCUGCAGAUGAGCCAGGCGCUGCGCGACGCGGCCCCCGACAGGCCUGCCCCCGUGGAGAAGACGGUGAGCAGGGACAUCGCUCGGGGCCACGAGCGCAUCCCCAUCCCGUGUGUCAACGGCGUGGACAGCGAGCCGUGUCCCAGCAACUACAAGUACGUGUCUCAGAACUGCGUGACGUCCCCCAUGAAUAUCGACAGGAACAUCACCCACCUGCAGUACUGCGUGUGCAUCGACGACUGCUCUUCCAGCAACUGCAUGUGCGGCCAGCUGAGCAUGCGCUGCUGGUACGGCAAGGACGGCCGGCUCCUGCCCGAGUUCAACAUGGCCGAGCCUCCCCUGCUCUUCGAGUGCAACCACGCCUGCUCCUGCUGGAGGACCUGCCGGAACCGCGUCGUGCAGAACGGCCUCAGGACGAGGCUGCAGCUCUACCGGACACAGAACAUGGGCUGGGGCGUGCGGUCCCUGCAGGACAUCCCGCUGGGCACCUUCGUUUGCGAGUACGUUGGGGAGCUCAUCUCUGACUCGGAGGCUGACGUGCGGGAAGAAGAUUCUUACCUCUUUGAUCUUGACAACAAGGACGGAGAGCUGUACUGCAUCGAUGCGCGUUUCUACGGCAACGUCAGCCGCUUCAUCAACCACCACUGCGAGCCCAACCUGGUGCCUGUGCGCGUCUUCAUGUCCCAUCAGGACCUGCGCUUCCCCCGGAUCGCUUUCUUCAGCACCCGCCUGAUCGAGGCCGGGGAGCAGCUGGGGUUUGACUACGGGGCGCGCUUCUGGGACAUCAAAGGCAAGCUGUUCGGCUGCCGGUGCGGCUCCCCCAAGUGCCGGCACUCCAGCGCAGCCCUGGCCCAGCGGCAGGCCGGCACCCAGGCUGCCCAGGAGGACGGGCUGCCCGACACCAGCUCCUCCCCCGCUGAUCCGCUAUGAGAGCCGCGGCCCUGGCACCGGGCGAUGCCGUUCACGCUGCGGUUCCGGGAGAGCAGGAGAAGCGCACGACGACGUCCGAGGCCCCGGCGGGGGGCUGCAGCACCGGCUGCGCGGGGGGUGCCCUGGGCUCCACGCUGGCCUCGCCUGUGAGUUUCUGAUGGUGGUUUUGUCGUUCCCACGUUUCUCGUUUCCCCUCUGCUCUCCAUCGUUCCCGUCCCACCGCUGGGGUUAUGGGCAGCGUCCUGUCGACCCAGACUCCUCCGUGUGGCCCCGCGGAAGCCACCGUCACCUGCCCGUGGCCCGGGUGGCUGGUGCCGGCUCCUGGGGCGGUGCAGACCCUGUCCCCACAGCACCUGAGAGGUCAGGGUCGAGCCGCCGCUGACUUUGGAGAAAACGUGGGUUUGCUUUUUAAAGAAAUCCUAUAUCUAGUCCUUAUAUCAGACCUCUAAUGCGUUUCUUUUGGAGGACGCAGUUCGGGGAUGCAGGAGGGCAGCGGCCCACAGGGGACCCGCAGCUGCCCCGCCCGUGCCCUGAGCCUGGCACCUUCUGUUGAUUCUAAGCCACGUGCUAUGGUGAAUGAACUGAGUUAUUUUCUACCAUUAUUGGACAUUAGGACAAACAAAAAAUAAAAAACACAAAACACAGACAACGGUGCUGAUUCUGGUGUGGUUUCUACUCACCAUGUGAAAAUAAACUAUCAACUGUAUAAAGAGAACAAAGUGAUUUUAGAAUGAAAUGCAGGAAAAAAAACUUUUUUUAAGAUGUUAGUCUUGUAGUGUGAAUAAAUUUGCCAUCACCUUUUGUGUGGUGGCCUGCCAGGUCAUAUACUUUUUUUUGGCAUAUACUUUUUUAAAUACUGUAAUUAGUGCAGUAACAGUGGGUUUUUUUGUGCGACUCUUCUAAAACAUUCAUAAUGCAGUCACGUUUAUUUUUUCUGUUAAAAUGUUUUUGACAGUUCUAAGAGCAGUCUUUUGGCUCAGACCAUUUCUUGUUCUGUUUUCAAUGAAAUCAAUAAAAAAAAAAGAAGUACUUUAAAUAAGGUUUUAUCAUGGUAUCAUGUUUCCACUGGUUUCUGCGGAACACGCAUGUUUCCUGCGGGGUGCGGCGCUUGUGGGCCCCUGCGCGGCCCCGGGGACCAGUGGGCAGGCCCAGCCCUGUGCCGGGUCUGAGCAGGUGGACUUGACACCCCCCACUCACCCCUGUGGGGAGGACACGGCCCGCCCCUCCCCAGGCAGCCCGUGCGUGCGUGCGUGCGUGCGCGUGCCUGUGCGUGGGGGGCACGUCUGUGUGUGCCCAGCGCUCUGGAGGCCGAUGGAGGUCUGG